AUGGCACGGAAGGCGACUCGGCGCUCAACGGCGAAGCAAGCAGAAGGCGCGGAGCCCGAUGGAGCCUCGACGAGCACUGACAUUGAUAGCGAGUCCGAGCUUGAUGAUGCCACCAAGGCUGCAGCAGUCUACAAGGAUGCGGUGAAUCUGCCUGCGCACCAAACCAAGCAUCUCUCCGAACUGGUCUACCGCCUCCCGCGCAUCGACACCGCCUUUCGACUGUUGCAGCGGAAUGACACCAACAGCACCGGCUCCUCGCUCUGGCUUUCAUCGCAGGUCCUGUCGGCCUUCCUGCUGCACACCUAUGCCAAACCCCAGCUGAGGUCCGGCAGCAAUGUGAAACGCAAGAGGAUGCUGGAGCUCGGCUCUGGCACGGGGCUCCUCUCGCUGCUCAUGGCUCGGCUCGGCUGGGACGUGGUAGCCACCGACAUUGAGCCUGUCCUCGACUCGGUUCUGCGCCCCAACAUUGACUCCGGGCUCUACCAGCUGGUCCAUGAGGGUCAUGCGGAUCCGGAACAGAUUCGCGUAUGCAAGCUCGACUGGACAGCAGCUGAAGAGCCAAAGACUGAGAGUCUGCGUGGUGCUAUCUCGGGGAACGAUUCCAUCAAGUCCUCUGGGGACUCUUCUGAGCCUCACCUAGAUCUCAUCGUCACCGCCGAUACGAUCUACGAGCCAGGUCUCAUCCGACCGCUCUUAUCGACCAUCUCCCACUUCUAUCGACGCCAGACCGAUACCAAGCCCACAAUUCUCUUAGCGCUUGAACGCAGAGACCCUGCACACAUAGAUCACGCUCUGCAGAUUGCACGCGACGAGUUCAACCUCCCCUUGAAGCAGAUCCCUGCCAAGCGCGUUCGCAAGAUCUUUGAUACCCUUGGCGACGGCACCACUUGGUCGCGAGACGACUGGAGCGGCGUCGAAAUUUGGAACCUGUAG